AUGUUGGGUUUUCUCUCCAGCAAAAACUACGAUCCCAGCACUUCGCAUCGAGAUAGUGUUGGUUCCAAGACGGAUCUCAAGAUGCCCCCAGCAGCUUGCGAAGAGACUAUUACACCGGAGAAAAAGCUAGAAAUCAAGAUCUUUUCCCUCUAUCGCUUGGUCUGGAAUGGCAUCUAUCGAGUCAACGACAGGCAUGGCCCGACUCAUCUGAAUCGACUGGCCGAACUCUUUGUCGGCGCAGGAAUGUCUUCAUUUGUCAAUAAGCCCGAGCAGAUACCCGACGAACACACCGUCAAUGGCGGGAGAAGAUGGAACCCAGCGGAUAUUCGUGUUCUCCAACCUCUGCGCGCGGCUCUGACGAAUCCUGGGCCCAGGGGCCUGAGGCUAUUUGAUGGAAUGUCAGUUGCUUCGCUGGAAGCAGUGGUGGAGGUGCUUGAGGCCUAUGCAAAAGAAAUUGCUAGUGUGAAUGCUCUCUACCAACUACUUCGGGGGCUCCAGGUGGGGUUCCGGAUGCCAACGGAGGAUGACGAAAAGGCCGUUCUGGAGCAAUUUAUCCCUACGGCUCAUGAAUUCGCCAGACGAAUUUUACAUCUAGAUGCAAGACUGUGUGUUCUUGUUUCCGACUUGGAGGACGAGUUUUGGAAUGCGUAUGGGCCGGUCACGGGGCGGGAUGGAUGGCUUGUGCACGACGUCGUUUUUCCACCGAUACAGGACCAAGGACGUUCGAAGAAAGUCAUCAGCUUCAAGGCCAUGAAAUGA